UUUACAAAUCCAGCAAAUAAUUAAUGUGAAUUAUUUCUAAGUAAAAUAUGUUAGUGUGUGCUCAGAGUAAUCACUAUCGAUAAGUUUAUAUAUUGAUGUAAUUUCUUUAGUUCUUUGACAAUUCAUGUAGCUUGUUGAAAUAAGACUAGUCUAAUUUAUUGUAAAGUUGUAUAUAAUUGAACGGCGUAAUGAAAGAAUAAUAUAAUUAUUGAUUUCUUGGAUUGUUUUCCCAUGGAUAUUUUAACAGAUACAUUACAUGCACUACAUAUGAGAUACCCUGAGAUAAAUUUAUUUUUCAUCAAAAUAAAAUCUAUGGUUUCUUACUGAUUAACUAAAAUUUCCUUUUGAUGGAUACCUAUAUAAUUGUCCUCAGUACAAUUAUCUGUAUUAUAUUUCUAUUUUAUGCAUGUAACAAUUAUAAGCAAUGACAUCUAGUUCAUCUCCAAUGCACAAUAAUUGUAAUAGCAGUUUUAAUGGUAGCGGCUCUAUCAACGGGACUUUGUGCAGAACCGGCAGUCUUGGAUUUAUUGAUGAAGUGCUACGUUACUCUGGAACUAAACAAUAUAUAUUCUUACAAGCUCACGUCUGUGCAAUUCACCAAGUGACUUUAGGAGAUAUAUCAGAUUUUCAUGAAACAGAUGCUUUAAGCUAUAUUGAUAGAUAUUAUAAAAAAAGAAGAGCUCAUUGUACUGCAGCUUUACUAGAAGAUCGAAUUUGUUUACGACGUGUUAAACAGUCGGGAAAAAUGCCAUUUCAUCCAUGGGUUGUAUAUAAUGAAAUAAAGUAUAUAUUCAUAAGCCGGAAACGACCUGAAUACUUUGUCUUGUGUAUCGAUUCAAAUCAUGACCGGAGAAAAUACUAUGAAAUAUACAAAUGUAAAUCACCUGAUGAUGUUAAACAAAUUGAAGAGAAGAUGAAAGCAGCAAUGAGAGAUCCUGAUAAGUUACUACGUAAAAUGCAUAUUUUAAGCCGUAUUAGUUUACCUCCUAAAAAUAAUGUAAAUCAAAAAGAGUUGGUUCCGAAGAUCAUGGUAGAAGAUGUAAGUAAAUUCAAUGGUGAAGAUAAUAAAAAUAUUUAUAGUAAUAUUCAUGAUAAUAAUAAUAAAAUUCGUAGUAAUAAUAAUCGUAAUAAUAAUAAUAAUCGCAAUAAUAAUAGUAAUAAUAAUAAUAGUGGUGGUGGUAGUAGCAGUAAUGAUAAUAAAAUCGGUAGUGCUGACAAUGAAAUCGAUGUCAAGAAAGACAAAAAAUCUACUAGUUCCAUAAGUCCCGUCACACCAGUGAAAGAUUUAACUCUUGAAUCAUUGAAUGAAAAUUAUGUUGUAUCUAGUAUUUCAAUUACUCCCAUCGAAUUUUUUCAUCAUUCACCUGAAUCAUUAAUUUAUCAAAUAAAACAAAGUUUAUACGAACCAUCUCAGAAUACACAUUCACUAUCCCAUUCUAUAUCAUCAGAAAGUGGAGAUAUUCAUCUUGAAACUCGAAUUAAUGAUAUAAUAGAUAAAAUAACAUUUAUUAAUCAUGAUCCACUAAAAGGAUUUUGUGAAAGUCAAAGUGGAAAUUUUUAUAUGUUUCUAGACCGUCAAGAAUUUCAUUUGAAUAAAUACAUUGAUAGAGAAGAGAGUUUUAUCAUAUCUAAUCAAAAAGAAUGAGAACUUUAAAAUUACCGCUUACUAUCAAAGAAUUAUAAAUAUAUUUCGUAUUACUUCUUCCUCUUCCUCUUCUUCUUCUUCUUAUGUUCAUGACAAUCAUUACAAUAGUAUUUUCUUCAUGAUUAUUAUAUUGUGCUAUAAUGUUCAUUGAUACAAAAUUGACUUAUCCUUUCAUCAUAAUUACAUUUCUAAAAAAGAUGAAGUAUUUAAACGACAUUGAAGAUGAUACAAUUUGAUAAUAGAAUGAAUAAAUCUUUAAUAUGAUAAACAUAUGCUGAAUAAAUCAAGAAUCAUUUAAAGAGAAUAACAAAAGUAAGAUUUGGAAUUUUCAUCAACUAGAUAAUGUCCUAUCAACAACUUUAGCAUUUCAAUGUAUAUUAAACUAUUUUUUUAGGAUACAUCCAUAUUUUUAUUGAGAAAUGUAAUAUCUUGUGAAUCAUUUUGACAUUUUGUAAUUAAAAGAUCUGUCAGGUUAUAUUUUCAAUCUGAGAUCCUUACCCAUGAACCUGGAUAUGAUGUCAACGGAGAAACAAAAAAGCCAUGACAGACAACGUCACUGCGUAGUUCUAGCUUGCGAGUUACCAAAAUAGCUUAGGAACCGAAUAAAGCGUUCAAAUUAACAAGACUUAUCAGUAGCGACGGGGAUGGGAUAAAAAUUCCCAGUUACAUAAAGUAGCAUUAAAAGAGCCAAGACAAUAAGCAUUCAAACGACAAAUUAUAACAAUUGGCGACGGGGAUGAAAAAAAAUUCUGAACCUUCAAUCUUCAAAUUAUUGAAUCAAGGUCAGCCUGUAAUUUGACGAAAUUCAGUGUAAUUAUUUUGAGCAACCAGCAUACACAAUUUUCGCCGAUGUCCUUCAACGACAUUGAUUGUUAAUUAUUCAUGCAGUAUUUUUCAUUACCAUGCUCAUCAUUCAGAAAAUGGCUAUCUCUUCCGACCAAUUACAGUUACUAUUUGAGCGGCAACAGCUGGGUAUCAAAAAGAACCAGUUGAAUGUUUUAGACAAUUUAAGCACACGCUGCUAAAUCAUCCAUGUCUUGGAGAUGUGACAGAAGUUGAUAAAUUAAUUUCUAAUUUGCAUACAGAGCUGGAAAGUAACUUCAGAACGUAUGAACGUGUCGAUGAAACCCUCGGUGAAUCUUUGAUAAGCGGUAAUAUAAACGAAUUAGUAGCAGUCAUUAUUGAUGCGCCCAGUGAUCCAGAAAUGUCCAUUUCAGAGACAUGCCGUGGGUUCAAAUCCCAUUGUCCCCGAAACAUCAUGUACAAACACUGGAUUGUCCAGCUCUCAGAAAGACGAUGUCUUAUUAAAUGCUCAUGAAAUUAUUGCAGUACCAGCCCACAAAGAAACAGAAAAUGAAUCAUGAAUCAUAAUGAAGACAGUUGCAUUAAAUGGAGCUCAUCAUUCUACGACAAAAGUUUCUGAUGAAUGCACUUAUUGGGGUUAUCUAGUUGUUUACCAGAUAUGAGUUAUUUUAGUGACUCACAUGCUUUUGACCAAUUUUUUUACAAAAAUGUGGAAAAUUUGUCAGAUGAAUCAAACGAUGAUCAAGAACCUAAUAAAAUUUUGAUAGAUGCUGAUUAUUCUAGUGAUCGAUUAUCUAAUAAUGAAAUUUUCAAGAGAUCUGAUGAAAAUGUUUCACAAGAAUCAAACCCUAAUGACCUCAUAUCUAGUGUCGCUGAUCCUCACCAUCUAGUCAGUCCUAGCGGAGUCUCUACUCAAUGCGGGAAAUAUGCUUUAAAUAGAGUCAAAUUAACUGUAGCUUGGGAGUAUGAGCACCCAACAUUAUUUCAUGGGGGAGGAUGAAGUCAUAAAAUCUAAAGAUGGAUCUCAACAUAGAGUUUUCAAAAAAGAAGGGGAGGUGAUAGAUUAAAAGAAAAGUCAAUUUUAGAUUGAUUUACUCAUUAUGAGUUUUGUUCAAGGUUACUUCCGUUUUGAUUCAGUGUAAUGAUUACUCAAUGUAGUAUUUGUUUUCUUUCCUCGUAUGAUAUUUUAUUCUGUAUAAUAUGUGAUAUUCUUGUAUUCAAUGGAUAUGAACUAUGCUCAGU